GCGCGCGGUCAUCUGCUCAGACGCGGCGCUCAUUACGGUCACACCUUGUCCUCCUUCCUUCCCGAUAUGGGGUCCGACGAUGAGUUCGGGAACGAAGCUGACUUCUAUGGAGGCUACUCCGACGACGAGCGAGCGGAAGACAGGCGAGAGUCUCCGCACGCCAGCAAUGACCCCCAGAACGAAGCUGGACCGUCUAAACCUCGGUCGGCCUGCAAGCCACGUAGCAAGAAUAACUCUAUCUUGUCAUAUGUGAAGGUGGAGAAGUCUGCCAAACAGAGUCAGCCGCUUGAUUGCGAAAGUAUUCUCAAGAAAGUCUUUGGCUACCCUUCUUUCCGAGGAAAGCAGAAAGAAGCGGUCGAGGCUGCAGUACAAGGUCAAGAUGUCUUCGUCCUGGCACCGACUGGCAUGGGAAAGAGCUUGUGCUUCCAAGUUCCUGCCGUGGCGGCCGCGCAUGGAGUGACCCUGGUCGUAUCGCCUUUGCUAGCCUUGAUGAAGAAUCAGGUCGAGGCUCUAGAUGCUAAAGGGGUGCAUGUAGCCUCUCUGACCUCAGAGACGCUGAAGAGCGUCAAGAAUGCGGUGAUCAACGAUCUGCGGUCAGCGCGACCGAAGACUCGAUUGCUUUAUGUCAGCCCCGAGCGCUUCUGCACUGCAGACUUUCAAGCCAUUUUGGAAGGCCUUCACGACAACGGCAUGCUGAAUCGGCUGGUCGUUGAUGAGGCGCACUGUAUAUCGCAAUGGGGCCAUGACUUCCGCGCCGAAUACCGCAAGCUGGGCAUGUUUCGCGACAACUUUCCCGAGGUGCCCAUUAUGGCGCUGACGGCCACUGCGACGCCUGCCGUCCAAUCCGACAUCCUCCGCUCCCUCAACAUGACCGACGAUCGGCUCUUCAAGGCCCUCCACCCCUUCAACCGCGCAAACCUAUAUUAUGAAGUUCGAUAUUCCUGUUCGGCGACUGGGCAGAUGAAGGACAUAUACGACCUCAUUUCCCGGCUGCAUGAGCGAAGGGGGAGGCCGUCGAGCGGGAUUGUGUAUUGCAGGCACGUGCGCCGAGACACCUGCGACGAGCUGGCAGAAUUCCUGCGAAAGAGGGGCAUGAAUGCGCGGCCGUAUCAUAGAGGGAUCAAAGGCCCCACGCUCGACAAGACGCUGGCUGAAUGGACGGCGGGCGGGCAGGUGGAGGGGGAUUUGCAUGUUGUCGUCGCUACGAUCGCCUUCGGUCUUGGGAUAGACAAGCCGGACGUGAGGUAUAUCAUCCAUUACGACCUACCCACCAGCUUCGAGGGGUACUACCAGGAGACGGGUCGUGCGGGGCGGGAUGGAGCGCCUUCGCGAUGUAUCCUCUACUACUCGCGCGAAGACGCGUACAACGCCAAAAAGCUCGUACAGAUGUCGCUAGCUAACCGGGCGUCGCACGUAGGAGCGAAUGGGCCGGCGCCUAGUCAACGGUCGGUGGAUAGUUUUGAUGAGCUAGUUACUUUCGCACACAAGGCCGAUACCUGUCGUCAUGUUGCUAUCUGCCGCUACUUCGGCGAACACAUCGACGCGCGCGAUCCGGCGGUUGUGAAGCAGUAUUGCGAUAAGAUGUGCGACGUGUGCAAGAAUCCGGACAAGACCCGACUCCUCCAACAGCGCCUCUCGGACGACUCGACCGCGCUUACGCGGACGUCUUCAUGGGCGGACCGCAAGCCUGUGUCGCGCACGUCGUCUUCGGAGAAUACAGUGACGCGCCAAUACGGAUCGUACAAUGCGCUGCGGAAGCCGUUCAGGCCGCCGUUGAUGAAGGUGCAGGCGGAACAGCAGGUCAGGUCAACCUCGAACACGAGCCCCUCCCCUGUCGACCUGGAAGACAUGGAUGCCGAGCUCGAGGUUGCAUUCUCCAACAAAAUUCCCGUGGACGUGCGCGAAGAAGGCUACUCGUCCAUCCGGAAGGCGCUACACAAGGCAUUCCCAGACGGCUCUGAGAGUUUGUGGACCGCAUGCGGGGUCUCCAGGAUACCCAGCGCGGAAGAUCUCGAAAGCAUCCUCCUAAUCGCCACCAAGGAGCUCGAGUUCCUCGCUCAGUCGCUCAGUACGACGCCGAGCGGGUACGAGGAUAGAAUCGCGGGCAAGGUGGACGCGCUGCGCUUGAUGCGGAAGAAGGGCAAAUGGUUGGAAGAGGAUGAUGAGUAUGACGACGCUUGUGAGGUUGCGGGGGUUCUAAAGAGGCUUUGUGCGCGAAAGGGGAGGAGGUGAGGAAGGAGAGACGGAACCACCCUUUGUGUGUCUUGCUAUCACGGGUCUGGAUGGACUGUCUUUCAUAUGACUGACCUUUCGCAUUGAGUGCAUACCAGGAUUGAUGAGUGAAUGCG